AUGUGCAGCGGCCAUCUCUCGGACUUGAGAGCAGAUGCACGUUCCUGGACCGUAUACGGAUUGCCCAUCGAGUAUUGUCUCAGCGAAAGAGUUGAACCGCAGUGCAGCUUCAACGUCAGCUUGACGCUCUUGACUGUCGUGAUUAUCUUUAAUCUAAUCAAGGUCUCUUGCAUAGCUCUCGUAGUCCUCCGAAUUAAAGACAAGCCUCUGAUCACGGUCGGAGACGCCGUCGCAACAUUCAUCGAAGAGCCUGAUGAUUCUACGCGAGGCCUUUGUCUGGUCAGCAGAGGCAUGGUCGACAACCAGCAUUGGAAAAGGCAGAGAGAAGAUUUGAUCAAGUCUCCUGAUACUUACAAACCGGGGGGCGUUCGGUGGUAUAAAGCAGCAAGCAAGAGAAGGUGGCUGUCAAGUUUACUCAUGGUCAUUGUCGGUAUUGGAGUCAUCCUGGCGCUCUUGAUCUACGCCAUCUCUGAUCUCCGUCGCCGCGGAGACAGUGACUUGAGAUAUCUCUGGAAACUUGGACUGGGCAAAAUCCAUUCCGCCACCCUAAUUCAGGGCUGGGCAAUCCCAACCACCGGUGACUCAGCCGUCACAGGAACGGUGCUCAUUGCCAACUUACCGCAAGCACUGCUGUCAUCCAUAUACCUCGUCUUCAACGGCCUGUGCACCAACAUGCUCUUGGCCUUCGAAUGGAGCAAGUUUGCGAGCGACAGUCGCACCCUCCGCGUGUCUGAGCCGCGCGGCGCCCAGCGGUCCACCUACUUCCUCCAGAUUCCCUACCGCUUCGGCCUCCCUCUGACCAUCCUCUCUAGCCUGCUGCACUGGCUCGUAUCACAGAGUAUUUUUCUUGCCAAAGUUGACGGAUUGGACGCCCGCGGUCUGCCGUCCAACAUCGGAAACGUUACGACUUGCGGCUACUCUCCGUUUGGCAUGAUUUUCACCUGCACGGGAGGGCUCCUUCUUGCUCUCUUUGCGGUUGCUCUAGGGAUGCAGAAGCUCAAGCCGGGCAUGCCACUGGCUGGAAGCUGCAGUGUCGCCAUCUCGGCUGCUUGUCAUGUGCCUGAUGGGACGUCGGAGCUUGAGCCGCUCAUGUGGGGAGUGAUCCCGAAGCACCCUGACGACGCGCAUUCUGGAGUUGAGCACUGCGCUUUUGCAAAUGAACGCUUAGAGAGACCUCUGCCCGGAAGAUUGUACGCUUGA